AUGAUUCCUCCAGUUAUUCAGCGUUGCCGUCGCUUGCUACUGGCACUACGAGAUGAAGUGUCAGCUGAGCUGAACCGCCUUCAAGCACAAGGAAUCAUUGACGCUCUUGACUCAUUUCCAUGGAUCUCUAAUCUGGUUGUUGUCAGGAAGAAGACUGGAAGUAUCCGAAUUUGUGUGGAUCCCAGGGAGGUCAACAAGGCAGUCAUUCCUGACAAUUGCAAGCAUCCAUUGCCUGCCAUUGAUGAACUAGCCAGUUUCAUAGCAGCAAGUGUUUUUUGGCAAUUGGACUUUUCUCAAGGUUAUCUGCAAAUACCACUGACAGAGAAAGGAAGAAGUACUACUGCGUUCAUUAGUCAUGAUGGCAUUUUUCAGUUCAAAGUAAUGCUUUUUGGACUGUCUACCGCCCCUAGUCAAUUUCAGAAGAUAAUGGUGUCAACUCUUGCUGACCUCAAAGGUGUCUCUAUAUACAUGGAUGACAUUGUUGUUUAUGGGGCAACCCAAGAAGAACAGAAUAGACGAUUUCUGCUGUCUUGGAUCGCCUACAAAAACGCAAAGUGA